AUGGCGGCCGAGCGGCAGGUGGUCGGUAGUGGCGGCGGCCGCGGAGGCGGCGGCGGGGCCGGGGGCUCCGCGGCUGGCCCCGAGGAGAACAAGGAGAAUGAAAAGCCGAAGGCGGGCGGCCUCGGGGAUAGCCUGGGCCUGGAGAUACUUCAGAUUGUUAAAGAAUCGCAGCAGCAGCAUGGGUUACGGCAUGGUGAUUUUCAGCGAUACAGGGGUUACUGCUCCCGCAGGCUGAGACGGCUCAGAAAAACUCUUAACUUCAAGAUGGGAAAUAGGCACAAGUUCACAGGAAAGAAAGUAACAGAAGACCUUUUAUCUGAUAACAGAUACUUGCUUUUGAUUCUUAUGGAUGCCGAAAGAGCCUGGAGCUAUGCUAUGCAGCUUAAGCAGGAAGCCAACACAGAACCCCGCAAACGAUUCCACUUGUUAUCUCGCCUGCGCAAAGCUGUAAAACACGCUGAGGAGCUGGAGCGCCUGUGUGAAAGCAACCGAGUGGAUGCCAAGACCAAGCUGGAAGCUCAGGCAUAUACAGCUUACCUCACAGGUAUGCUCCGCUUUGAGUACCAGGAAUGGAAAGCCGCCAUGGAGGCUUUUAAUAAAUGCAAAACCAUAUAUGAAAAGCUGGCAAGUGCUUUCACAGAAGAGCAGGCUGUACUAUAUAAUCAGCGAGUAGAGGAGAUCUCUCCCAACAUUCGUUACUGUGCCUAUAACAUUGGUGACCAGUCAGCUAUUAGUGAGUUAAUGCAAAUGAGGCUACGAUCUGGAGGUACUGAGGGACUUCUUGCUGAAAAACUGGAGGCACUCAUCACCCAGACUCGAGCAAAGCAGGCAGCCACUAUGAGUGAAGUGGAAUGGAGGGGAAGAAUUGUGCCCGUGAAGAUAGACAAAGUGAGGAUCUUCCUACUAGGGCUGGCAGAUACUGAAGCAGCUAUUGCUCAGGCAGAAGAAGAAGAAACGAAAGAACGUUUGUUUGAGUCCUUACUGAGUGAGUGUCGAGAUGCAAUACAGGCUGUUCGUGAAGAACUGAAACCAGACCAGAAACAACGAGAUCAUUCUUUGGAAGCAGAUUCUGGAAAAGUCUCAAAUAUCCAAUACCUUCACAGUUACCUGACUUACAUCAAGCUGUCCACAGCAAUCAAGCGCAAUGAGAGUAUGGCAAAAGCUUUGCAGAAGGCACUUCUGCAGCAGCAGCAGCCGCCAGAGGAAGAUGGUAAGCGUACCCCUCGGCCUCAGGACUUGAUACGCCUUUAUGACAUCAUCUUACAGAAUUUAGCAGACUUGCCACAGCUUCCUGGCCUAGAAGAGGAUAAAAGCUUCCUAAAGGAGAUAGGAAUAAAGACAUUGGUGUAUAAAGCUUACAGAUGUUUUUUCAUUGCACAGUCCUAUGUUCUGGUGAAGAAGUGGAGUGAAGCGCUGGUUUUGUAUGAUCGAGUUCUGAAAUAUGCCAAUGAAGUCCAAGCAGAAGCUGGAACUUACAAAAACAGCUUAAAGGAGCUGCCUGAUGUUCAAGAGCUGAUCACCCAAGUUAAUGCAGAGAAAUAUUCCUUGCAAGCAGCUGCCAUAUUAGAUGCUGGAGACACCCCUGAGGUUGAGUCCCCAUCCCAGGUCAAGGAUGGCAAGCCACUCUCAGAACGGUUAGAGACUUUCUGUCUGGAUUCUUCUCUGGUCAGCAAGCAAGCCAGUCUGGUGCAUUUUCCUCCAGAAUUCCAGCCAAUACCAUGCAAGCCUUUGUUCUUUGACCUGGCCCUCAACCAUGUCACUUUCCCGCCCCUGGAGGACAAAGUGGAGCAGAAAGCAAAGAGUGGUCUUACAGGAUAUAUCAAGGGCAUCUUUGGAUUCCGGAGUUAACCAGGGCAGCUCUCAAGAACAGGAGUGUGUUCUUUCUGGAUUUUGGGGGAAACUCCAGCAAAUUUAGACCUUAACCAAUGUGUCUGAAAUCCAUGUGGGAGGUUUUUAAUAUCCAGUAUUCUCUCUUGUCUGUACAUCUGGUUUAUUAGAAACUUUCUAAACUAAGAACAUGCAUAGGAUGGUCUCUUUCCUGUAAUAUCUGAAAUUGAUGGAAACUUCAUCCUUCUUUGUUGAAAGAGCUAGAAUCUGAAACCACUUCUACCCAGGCAGAACCAGUGCCCAUUUGAUGUGGGCUAGGUUGAUCUUAAUUUUCUUUCCGUAGUUUAUGCUAUACAUUUGAUUUUUAGAAAGCUAGCCUGUGAUGGACAGGAUGGAACGGAAGGGUACCAAAGCACAGGAUUGCAGUUGGGCUGCCAAAGCAGAGGGUAUGAAACCCAAAUUUGAAUACCCUCUGCUGCCUACCACUUUGACUGAUAGUCAAAGUGCUUGGUUUUUUUAUGUUUCAGAAGCAUUGGGAAACUUUGAUUAAAAGUCAGAGUUGGCUGAUUGAAAUAUCUGCAGGUAAAGCGAAUUGAGAAUAUGCUUUUAAGUUGGUGGCACGCUGGAAGCACCUCCUCAGAACAAAGAAUUCUCUGAGAACCUCCUGGAGAACCUGAAAAGCCGUCGGCUUCAGAGAGAACAAAUGAUUUUCAAUUUACAGAUUACAGUUUUCUUCUUUCUCUGUUUAACUUAGGUGAAGUUGGUAUAUUGGGGGUUUCUUUUAUUAACAUGGCAUUAUAGUUAGUUGUUUUAAGGAAUCCAUUUAGAGCAAAGACAACUGAAAUGAUGGACUCCUAAGCAAUAAAGACCAUUGCCGUGUAUUCAAGGGUGCAUUUUCUCUGCAAGCUUUUAACAGUGCUGUGGGAAUCCAUCCUUCUUGUAAAUGUAACUUUUUUCAGAACUAUUCGUAGGCACAAUUGUUCAAAAUACUGUAUUUGGGACUUCACCAUGAACUAUGUUACUUGUCUUUAAAAUAUUUAUCCUAGUUAGUCUGGAGUAUUUGCUGGCUCAGACAGUCCCUUAACUAUAUUUUUGUUACACUGGUUUUGCUGUUUUUCCUCUUAGAAUUGUUGGAAAUAGUAGAAAAACUGGAUUGAUCCAUUUGAAAAUAUUCAGAAGUGAUACUUCUCAAUGAUUGAGUCAAACUGCAGAUGAUUAUAGUUUUCAGAUUAAAGAAAUACGGAGUUUCAUUGUACCAAAAUUACUGGAUUUAUGUAAAAAAAAAAAAACAGCCUCUUUUAGGGGGAUCUAAUGGUGCCACAUCUGUUUUAAAAUGUGUAUAUGAAGUGUGCUUUCUAAUCUGUCUUGCGGGAGGGGCAUUUUAUAGAAGAAAAAUGGAAGCUAAAGAAUAUUUUUUAAUUUAUCAAGUGGUGAAAUUUCACACAGAGAUGAGGUCUGCUAAACCAGUGAUUUGUUGAUUCUAUUGAAGACUAAUUUGGUAACAAGAAAUCUGUCAAGUGACUGGUACCAUCUCCUUUCUGGGCAUAUGCUGUUGGUAUUUUGUUUGAUUGUACUUUGCUCAAGACUCUCCUCCUGCUUUCAGAUCUGAAUUAAAUCUGAAAACUGAAUUCCUCUUACUCAACUUUUGUUUGCCUUCCAUCUCAGUCCUACAGGCAGCCGAGCACAUUCCACGCCCACUGCUUUUGUCUUCAUUUGCUGUCACAAAUACUUAAAAUCUUUUUGUCAAACACCCUGUGGCACAAAGCAUAUUACUCAGACAAAAAAAUUCUGAAACAAUAAAAAAAAACUUGUUCUGA